AUGGCUAGCUUCUUGAUUGCGAGUUCCUUUGCCAAGCGCAGGCCGACGAUAAUGCCUCGUAUUCUGCCUCGUGGUUUGAUGCCGGAAAGCCGACGUGAAGCUUGCUCUAACAAGGUUCCAUCUGGGGUGAUGAAUGACGACGACAUGCUCCAGCUCCCUUUGGUUCGCCGCUCUAUCUACGUGCAACUGCCAAUGUCUCUAGGUUGGCUAGGUUCGGAGAGGUUACGUCUGUUGUCGAACUUUCCUUUCUUUUUGUUGACCAGCUUCUCUUCUUCGGCUGAUGGGGUGAAUUCUGCGACGAAGUCUGCUAAAGCCUAG